AUGGCGAUUGAUGCAUCACUGGUCCCAUUAGUACCAACUACCAAUGAAAGGAAAGGUAUCCUCGUCAACCCUCCAGAUCGACCAAUCACAAAGGAAGAUAAAGACAGAAUAUUCACAGGUUCAUCUUGGGAAAUAUUAGAUGCUCCAUUUCCUAACAGCAUGGUUGUACCCGAGUCCUGUGAGUCUAGUGCCUGGCUGAGUAUUAAUCUGUUAAUGGUAGGACCAGAUAGAGCAAUUGUUGAAGAAACUGAAAUACCUAUCAUCAACUUCCUUGAGUCAUUAGGUAUUAAAUGUACCCGUGUACCAUACUGA